AUAAAAGGCAGCCGGGGGGCCGCGCGGGGCCAGCAGAACGCCGAGCCGCCUGGACGGGACGGGACCGGUGAUCGGAGCAGCGGAGCCAGCGAGCCACGUGCGCCCAGCCGGAGCGAGCCUUCCACUUUCCCGGCGACCCUCCAGGACCGAAACCGGGCGCGGCAUGACGGCCACCAAGAGCGCUUCCAACGGGGACAUCGGAGGGGCGGCUUUGGCGGAGGCGAGGAUGCCCAGCCGGGGCUCCCGGGUGCGGGGCUGCCUGCGGGCCAACCUGCUGGUGCUGCUGACGGUGUCGGGCGUGGUGGCCGGCGUGGCGCUGGGACUGGCGGUGCGGCGGCCGGGCGGGCUGAGCGCCGCCGAGGUGCAGCUCUUCUCCUUCCCGGGGGAGCUGCUGCUGCGCCUGCUGAAGAUGAUCAUCCUGCCGCUGGUGGUCUGCAGCCUGGUGGCCGGAGCCGCCAGCCUCGACCCGGCGGUCCUGGGCCGGCUGGGCGGCUGGGCGAUGCUAUUUUUCCUGCUCACCACUUUGCUGGCUUCCUCCAUCGGGGUCGGCAUGGCUUUCGCCAUCCAACCCGGCGCCGGCGCCUCCGACCCCAAUCUGGCCAAGUACGGCAACCAGGACGGAAUGCCCGGACGGAAGGAGGUGGUCGAUUCCUUCCUCGACCUGGUCAGGAACAUCUUCCCUUCCAACUUGGUGACCGCUGCAUUCCGAUCGUACACAACCUUCUAUGAAGAAGACAAGAAGAAGAACAACACGGGUCUAGUCAGUGUGGCAGCAUUUAUGAAUGAAACCGAAUCCAUGAAAAAGACCGUUCUGAUGGAGCCCGUGGGCAAGGAGGUGGAAGGCAUGAACAUCCUCGGGCUGGUGGUCUUCGCCAUCGUCUUUGGGAUUGCCCUGAGGAAGCUCGGGCCCGAGGGGGAGAACCUGAUCAAGUUCUUCAACUCCUUCAACGAAGCCACCAUGAUCCUGGUUUCUUGGAUUAUGUGGUACGCCCCCUUGGGUAUCAUGUUUCUGGUGGCCGGCAAGAUUGUGGAGAUGGAAGACGUGGUCCUUCUCUUCACCAGCCUGGGCAAAUACAUCUGCUGCUGCCUGGUGGGCCACGCCAUCCACGGGCUGCUGGUUCUCCCGGGGAUCUACUUUCUCUUAACCCGCCGGAACCCCUACCGCUUCCUGUGGGGCAUCUUCACCCCCUUGGCCACCGCCUUCGGGACAUCCUCCAGCUCCGCCACGUUGCCCCUGAUGAUGAAGUGCGUGGAGGAGAACAACGGCGUCUCCAAACACAUCAGCCGCUUCAUCCUGCCCAUCGGGGCCACCGUCAACAUGGACGGGGCGGCCCUGUUCCAGUGCGUGGCCGCCGUCUUCAUCGCCCAGCUCAACAGUGUCUCGCUCAACUUCAUCCAAGUCAUCACGAUCCUCAUCACAGCGACGGCGUCUAGUGUGGGAGCAGCUGGGAUCCCCUCAGGAGGCGUCCUCACCCUGGCCAUCAUCCUGGAGGCCAUUAGCUUGCCCACCAAAGAGAUCUCACUCAUCCUGGCGGUGGAUUGGCUUGUAGACCGGACUUGUACUGUCCUGAAUGUGGAGGGCGAUGCCUUCGGUGCGGGGCUCCUGCAGGUGUAUUCGGAGAAGAAUAUGGGCCAGAUGGGGAACGAUGACCUGUUGGAGGUUAAGACGGAGGCCGUGGCAGCCAGCAAGGCAGAGGGGUUAGAGGAGGGGUCCCCGCUGAUUAAGCAGAACGGUCCAGCCCAUUUGGAGGAUAACAAAUCUUGUGAAAAAGAAUCCGUGAUGUGAUUGAAUUCAUCAAAGUCCAGACGAUUUAGGAGGAGAUACUCUCUUUAUCCAAAAAAAGAAAAA